GAUGUCUAUAAUGUUCAUACUAUGUCAAAUAUUUUAAAAAAAACAACAGAAAAAAUAGUUUUAAGAAAAUCUCUUUUGUGUGUGUAGAUUGAACCUGCUUACAUUGAGGCUUUCCUCUCUUCUUUUGUCUCCUUGAAAGUGGUGAGCUUCAGGAAGGGAUCAGUCAUAAACACCAUGGAACUUCAGUUUGUAAACUUUUCUGUCCCAAAUGACACUGAGAUUAGGAAUGUUUUGAUCGGGCAAGCCUCAAAUGUGAACGGCUUUGACAUCGAAAGGGCCUCCAUCAACAUCAGUGACACUGCUCCAACAACAGCCACUCUACCAGAAACAACUGCAACUACAACAACAGUUGCAGCAACUCCAACCACUAUCCCAACUACAAAAGCACCAACUGGACCUGUCCAAAUUGUUCUCUUUCUACAGUUCCUUGAACCAUAUGUACCUGAUCUCGCAGACCCCACCAGCAGUGCAUAUCAAGAUCGCAAAAAACGAGUUGAAGAGACGUGUGAUAGAAUAUACGGAGCAAAAUUUUUUUACUUCAUCCAUGCCAUUGUGAUUGGGUUCAGAUCUGUUAUAGUCCAAAAACGAGUGGAUAGAACUGAGGCAUUGGUGGAGCUUGUGUUCAAUCAAACAAUUCCCAAUGCACAAGUCCCAGCUAAUAUUACUAUUGUUGAAGCUUUAAGAGAUGCUAUUAACAGUUCCAGCAUUAAUUUCACCAUCCAAAUAGUUCCUGAGACAGUAUCAGUAACUUCUGUUCCUGUCAUUGUCACGGACAAUUCCACCACACCUCUACCAACCACUGUCACUUCCACUACUGCUGCACCGACUACUAGUUCCACUACUGCUGCACUGACUACUAGUUCCACUACUGCUUCAGCUACAACUGUUGUACCUACAACUACAGUUUCAAGUGGAGUAUCCCACAAGAUUAAUCCCAGAAUUGCUUUCCUCCUGGUGCUGUUGUUUUGCCUUCUAUUAAGCCAGCAAUAGCAUCUGUGCUGGUUUCCAUGUGAAAGGCCAGCAGAACACGAUCUCUUUUAAUAACAUGAAAAAAAUGUAAUGUCAGCAGAAAUCUGAUAUGUUAUUAUUUAUAAGGGUUGUUGGGUUUGUUCAGGUGCACUUUAGUUGGACACAUCAGAAAGAGUAGCUCUAGUAUGUUUAUCUACAUUAAAAUAUUUUCGGGUGGGAAUGACCCUGCCCUGAACAGCAUUUUUUCAUUCUUUACAUCAAUUCAUUGUUUCUAAAUGCUUGUAAAAUUAUAUAUUUUGAGUUCUAUUUCAUAUAUAUCAUACACAGUAUAUAUCACAAAUUACAUGUAAUAGUGUUAAGAAUAGAUCUUCAGGUGUCCCAAAACAUGCACUGUCACUUUUCUUAUUUAUACAAAUGUAUUUAAAAAAGUAUCUUUACAUGUAUUCUGUGAAAUUUCUUUUAAUUUGCACAUUUUCUGUAAGAAAAGUCAAAAUGACCAGAAUACAUCUUCAUGAGAAAUUAACACUGUUAAUUAUCACUAUUUAGGUUUGGGUAAAUAAAAAGCGAAUCAGGAAACUUUCAAGAUGUGCAACAACUGCAUGUAAAAAUCUUUAAUAAAAACAGAAUAUUUACGGA